AUGUCUACUCUAAUUAGAGCUGCUGGAUUUUUGUACUAUAGAGCAUUGUCACACCCAACUAAAACAGAACUUUUGCAAAGUGACCUAUCACCAUUUAAUGUUCACGGAAUUAUUAGAAUAACAAAACCAACCAAACGCAAGGUUUGGGAACCUAUACCCCAAUCAACCAAGCAGGUUUUCCAAAACCUCAAAUCAACUUUGGCGAAGGGAUUCAAACCUUCGCAAACACUUGGGAAAUCACCCUCAGGUGCACCACUGCUGGAAACACCAGUUAAAAAGCUUACCAAGAAAGAGGCCGAAAGGUUUCUUCUUGUAGAGGGAAUACACAAAAGUAUUGCCGACUGCCUCAGGAGAACCUGGAAGUACGACGAAACUUUCAGUGUUUUUCUUAGGCACCAAGAAUUCACAACCAAUAUCGAGUCCUACCAUGCAAAGCUGUUUCAAAGAGUAAGAAAGCUGUGGGGAUGCCUGGAAUCCACCUAUUUACAGUCAUUUGCGUCCAUGGAAGACUCCAUAACAAAAAUAGGCAGCACCGCCUACAAAUCUACAGAUGGAAAAUUUCUCAUCUACAAGAUUUCAGAAGAACACUCCCAAGACAUCAGGAGAGAGCUUCCCAGAAUGGGAAGCCACUACAAAGAGGCAUCAUUGAUACUUCCCCACUUCCAACUCUUGAAAAUGAAUUUUGGAGGGGAGGAAACUAUCUAUGCAGUAAGUCCGGCAUACGAGCACCAAGCAACUGAGGCACAGCGGGAUCAUAUUAUCACAGGUUGGGUUGUGUAA